AUGGGACCAGGUAGUUUUGCUUCCGCCAAAGGAUUAGACUCAAUGCACAAUCGAGAUCGUACUCCCAAAAUAGAUAGCAAGAAGAUCAAACUAAGCAAAGUGCUGGAGAAUAAGGAAUAUAAGGGCGCGAAAAUUGAGUACGAGUAUGAUUUUGGCGACUGCUGGCAGCACACGGUUGAUAUUGCGGGGAGAGCGGAGGCGAGUAAUCGGUUUUUGUGUUUGGAGGGCGAGGGACAUAGUGUUGCGGAGGAUGUGGGAGCCAAUCAGGGUUGGUUGAAGCUGAGAGAGGCAUACAGAACUGCGGAUCCCACUACAGAGCAAAGGGAGAAGAGAACUUGGUUUGAGAGCGGGGCCAGUAACAAUGAUCCGAAGGGAUUUGGAAAUGGGAGGGAGUGGGAUUAG